AUGUCCGGCCGAGAUGAAGCAGCAGCAGCAGCAGCAGAAGCAGGAGAAGCAGAAACAGAAGUAUUAUCCCCCACGCCCCAAGCAACGCUCGACCACUUCAACUCCAUCCCCUGGGUGGCAUCACGGCUCUCAGACCAGACCUUUCGACCCGUCCACCUGUCCCGCACGCUCACGCACGCAGGAAAGGGACAUACUCUGAUGGCCUCGACAUGGAACACCCCAACGACGAUAUCGCACAUCUUGUCGACCUAUCGCCCUCCUCUGACCACCAGCAAUCAAAAGGGUGAGAUACGCCGCUUCUACACCUUCGGGGGUGGCUUGAAUGCGCAUCCGAAUCUAUUGCACGGCGGCGUCAUCGCCACGAUCCUCGACAGCACGAUGGGCAAUGUGAUUGGGCAGGAGUUGCCCGCGCACGGGGCCACGUAUACGGUCAAGUUGACCGUCGAGUAUAAGCGGCCCGUGACCACGCCGGGGACGGUGAUGGCGCGGGCGUGGAUCGUCGCGAUUGAGGGACGGAAGGUCUGGGUCGAGGGUGUGGUCGAGGAUGGGGAGGGGAAUGUCCAUGCGAGGGCUGAGGGGAUGUGGUUGAGAGCGAAGGGGAAGGCGAAUGGAAAGCUCUGA